AUGAAUAAAUACGCAGUGCUAUUUAAUUUAAAAAAAAUAUUAGAAUAUCGACCGGUUACCACAAUUAUAAACGCAGAAGGAAAAAAUGUACCUAAAAGAAAAAACUUCGAAAACAGAAUUACCUUAAUUGGUACAGACAAUUCAGUUAGUAUAAUAGAUUUAAAAAAUGCCCAAAAUCUAUCGGUAAAACGUGAAUUAAAACUUGUAAAAGUUCAAGAUGUAGAUGUAAAAACUAGACGGCCAAUUUACAAGCUGAUGACUAAUGCAGAAUUUCACGAGGAAGAACUUGAAAGACGGAAAGAAAAAAAACUCGCUCGGCAGAACAGUUCAGUUAAAGGCCAGAAAUUGAUGAUUUUGUCAUCAAAAAUAUCUGAACACGAUCUAAUGACCAGUGUGAGAAAAAUGGGAAAAUUAGUAGAGAAACAGUAUGAAGUUAAAGUAGUUUUAGCAGGUGAAGGAGGACAAUCCUCACAAGUAUUGGAAAAUAUAUACUCAGUAAUAGAGAAAAACACCAAAUCAACAGCAAGAUUACUACAAAAGAGAAAUAAAGGUAAUAGUUUAAAGUUUCAAUUGCUUCCAUUGAACAAUAGUAACAUGGAAGCAUCUCAGUCAGAUAAUUCAGAAGAUGGAAAUGACAAAGGUCCGCUAUGACUAGCGAUGUUGAUAUUAUUUAUAAUAAUAGCAAAGUAUUUUUUACUUAAGGAAUACUUAAAAAAGCAGAAAAAUGAGUUUGUCACUGAAGUUACUGCAAAUAAGUCUGAAGAAACUGGUACCUUGUCGGAAUACAAAUGUGAAAAUUGGAAUGACAAGGAAAUGAACACCUGAAAGAGUAUUUGUAUUUUUACUUGAUAAAAUAAAUAAAAAUACAUUAAUCUAUAAAAUUAAAUAGUCAUUUAUAUUAAGUAUUUUAAAUAUUUAUUUGGAUGAGGCAUUUUACACAAUAUAAUAUAAAUGUUCAUAUCAGCUUAGUUCCUUAAAAAUGGAAUUCUAAAAUUCAAUUUAAACUGUUUCUAAUAAAUUAUGAUUCAUUUAUGAGUUCAAAAUUUGUAAGUGGAUUAUUUGUUGAGUUUACAAAAAACG